CCAGAAGCAAAAAAAUAAAAUAAAAUAAUUUUAUAGAGACCCCUCCAUUCCUCUCUAAACUUCUUCUUCUCUUUUGGUCUCCAAACAAAAAACAAAACGAAGAAAAUGAAUAUUUCUAGUGAUCAAGAAGGAGAUGAUCAUCAUCAUAAUCAGAUCCCAGUCUCAAACCCAAUCCCAAUAACUAGCAAAUAUACUGUGGUUGUACAUGGAAAUCAUCACCACCACCACCACCAUCCUCAAAAUCACAUCAUCCCUUCUUCUUCUUCUUCUGGUGGUGGUUAUGGAAAGAAACUAGUGGUGGUCAAGUACAGAGAGUGUUUAAAGAAUCAUGCAGCAAGUAUGGGUGGAUCUGUUAUAGAUGGGUGUUGUGAGUUCAUGUCAGGUGGUAAAGAAGGAACAAUUGAAGCUCUGAAAUGUUCAGCUUGUAAUUGCCAUAGGAACUUUCACAGGAAAUGCAUCCUUGAAGAAGAUGAUGAAGAAGAGGAUGUUGAUCAUCAUAUUGAAUCAUCAAGUCAAUAUCAACAACAUACUCAUCUUGUAAACAAGAUGAGAAAAACUAGCUUGUUAACACCACACCAGGUGUUGGGAUCAUUAGAUCAGUCCUUGUAUCCAACACCAGCAGUACCUAUGAUGAAGCAGCAGCCUUGUACUCCUUCUUCAAAUCACAGCAGUAAGAUGAUGAUGUUCUCUCACUCUUCUCUAUUUCACUCUAACAGUGGAGGUUCUUCUCUUCCUGCUGCUUCAUCAGAUUCUGAUGAGAUCAAAACAGUAUCACAACCACCACCACCAUCACUAGCAGCUCAAGGACAAGUAGUUGCAGUGAAAAAGAGGUUUAGAUCUAAGUUUACUCAAGAACAGAAAGACAAGAUGUUGAGCUUUGCUGAGAAAGUUGGUUGGAGCUUUCAGAAGGAAGAGGAAGCUAAUGUUCUACAGAUCUGUCAAGAAAUUGGAAUCAAGAAAAGGGUUCUCAGGGUUUGGAUGCACAAUAACAAGCAUAACUUUGCCACCAAAAAGAUCAUCUCUAGUUCUAAUUCCAAUUCCAUCACUACUAAUUGAAUCAAAUCAAAUCAAAUCAUGAUCAUCUAUCUAGCUCACUGAUUUGUAUGUCCUUCCUUUUUAGUCCCUCUUAAUGUUUAAGCUUUUAAGCAUGUAGGUAAUUAAGUAAGAUUAGUACUUGAUUAGUCAAAAAUGCAUGUCUAUAUCUCUGAUUCUCCAUUAUUAUGAUGAUCAUUGUCUAGAUUAAGAACAACUCAGUUUAAUCAAUUAUUAUUAUGAUGUUAAUUGCAUUGGGUUAAGUAUCAUGUGUAAUUUGGUUUCUUGAUUUUUUCUUUUUUUUUGGCUCAAUCUGGGGCUUUUAACU